CGCCACAGCAGCGCCCGUCAGUGCCAUACCAGUGUCAACGACGCUUGCUAUGUCAGAAGGAGCCGUCGAAGCACUAGUGACCGCGGGAGUCGAGUUGCGGGUUGGAAAUCGUCUGCCAAGCCGCCUGCAGAGACGAUCACACGGUUUGGGCACUUUACUUGCUACUCUCGCGCGGCCGCCGCUCACCCGACCGGUUGGUUGGUCAAGGACCUACAGUGUGAUGGCGUGUUGCGGCUGUUCUCUCCGUUACCUUGUUGGUGACCAUUCUAUUCUCUGCGACGAUUUCGACUCGUUUGAGGCAAGGCGAAUUCUAACCGGGGACGGAACUAACACAGCCAAUACUCAAAUAUAGUAUCUGUGCAAGCUGCUGCAUACAUGAAAGGUACCACUUAAUCCGACAGGGACACGAUGGAUGUGACGAGGGUCCCGCAACCGCCUGCGCCUCGCAUGUGUACUGGUUUGUUUGGUCCCACGUACAGGGCCUGGGUGUCACACCGCGCCUUGCAGGGCAGACAGAGGCUCUCAGCCCCCAAAGAGCUGAGGCCUGAGGGGCGGGUGCUGUCGAUGAAACGUGCAUCGCCAUCUUCAAUCUCUUUUUGCGGGAACAUCGACAGCUGCUGGGACUGGGGAAUCCUACGUGCUGCGCCAAUUGAUCCUCCGAGUGUGGCUGUUCAGUUUCGAAAAACAACCAACGAGUGUGGCCGUCGUUACAUUGGUAUGGGGCGCAGUGCUCACCCAGCACACUGCACCACCAGGUUGGGAUCAAGGGACCCGGUCAUGUUUCAGAACCAUCUACUCUACACUGCGCUCCCGUACAUGGUGAUAGAUCCUACCACGCCCAUUUGGAUGCAGCAUUCUUUUCCUUCUAGAACGUCGGUGCGUUAUCGGAAGGUCGGGUCCCACAUCCCCGGUUCCCAUCCUCUUCACCGGCCGUGGAGCAACAUCUGCAGAUGCUGCCAUGAGCCACCCUCGCUCCCGUUCUGGCGCUGGAGGAUGCGCUGCUGGGGUGACGAUCCUUCUGGCCCAUCCGCCAUGGCCCAUCAACCAUGGGACCUGCGCAAGCAGAAAACCUGUGGCCCAACCAAGUGUCCAGGGUCACCUCUACCUGCAGUCCAAAACUAUCCAUCAACUAAUUACCUAGACCGAGCAGAGCUGGGUGGGUGGUGGAACGGCCCCCACCACUUGCCGAAGAGGUGGCCCCCAAGAUCAUAAGCGCCGUCAGAGCAGCCCAGAGUCGCACUGCUCCUCGUGGAGCCCAAUCCAACCCCAAAGUACGACCGAAGACGAGAGGGUGAUACUGUGUCCCAGAGUGGGGAGUGGGACAUGAGGCCAUUGCAAGUCGGCACCAGGAUGCAUCAUGUAUAUCCGGCUUCAGGUUUCCG